AAUAAUCAUUCAAGCGCUUUUGAAUGUAGAAGUAUGGAGUUGGUCUUCAAUUAGACACCUUAGAAAACUUUAUUAGCGCCUCUCAGUAAAAUUAAAUAUCCAGUGCAGUGUUUGAAUCACAGAUAUUUUGAUUCUUGAUUGUGAAUUAAAGUGAUUAUUCAUAUCACAGGAGGAUUACAUAUGAACUUUUUCAGUAACUGUGGUGUCCCGGCCGGCCACGAGGAUUAAUCAUCUUUAAAAUCUACCUGUUCCGCAGACGGGUCGUGCGACCAUACUUCCGGAUGCGGCAUUUAUGCCCACCAGAUGUCGCCACUAACGUUUCCUCGUGAUGAUCCCGGUGAUUCUGGCAGUUCAUGUAGACAAUGGCAAGUGGGUGGAUGUACCUAUCACCCCCGACACCAAAUGUCAAGAUGUCAUCGAGUGCUGCCGAGAGCCGAGCGACGAAAUAUGCUCUCUUGUUCAGACUAUAGGUCUCACAGAGCAUAUUGUGCCGGAGGACACAUGCAUGAUGGAUAUUCUUAGUCGGUGGGGACACAACUGGCCCGCUGUCACUUUCCACCUCCAGUACAGCGACCCAGUUGAAAAUCUAGGUGGUUUUGGACCGCGGCCAUUCUCACCCACUGCCAUGAAAGAAAACAGAGCUUGGCGUCGAAAGGUCCUGGAAAAUGACCCGCAUUCUGUAAAUGUUCUCAGAUUAGCUGAUAGGAAUUUUGUUUAUGCAGCUUAUGGUCAUAAAGGUGUUUUCGUGGGACCAAAAAUAUAUUCAGGUGUCAAAUAA